AUGUACGGCGAACACGGAAAUAAGCUUGUGCAACAUGCCAAGCGCACUCAGGCUCUCACCCAUCUCCCUCCCUACCAAACCGAACUGGUCCGUUCCGUAGCCCGCGAAGUACGCGACCUCGACCGUGAUGUCGCACACCUCCUCGGGCCUUUCGAAGGCAGUUUCAAUCCGUCACAAGAACCAGCCGUCGCCUGUGCCCUUCUAGUGGAUCACCUCUGUAUGCGCCGCAACAAACGAUGUCUACUUGCCUACCACCGUGUUCGCGCCGAGAAGCUCGAGGAGCUAUGUUGGAAUGGCGUCGACUUGCUCGAACAGCAGCUACCGACUGCAGACGAAGGGGCUGCAGGUGCGUCAGGCCAGGGGAGCGGGGGGUAUGCAGCGAUGGGCACUGCGAGUGGGAACCACAGUUCGUUGAGCCCGGAAGAAGAAGAGUACUUCCGGCAAUAUAGCGAUCUCCUGGCGGCGUACAAGGGACAAUGGACGGAUAUUGAUCUUACGGGAAGCCUGGAGCCCCCGAAGGAUCUCUUCAUAGACGUGAGGGUCUUGAAGGAUGCGGGGGAGAUUCAGACCGAGUAUGGGUAUGUGAGGCAUUUGAUUCUACUUUUUUUUUCCCUCGCGCGUAUUGUUGAUCGGCGGGUUGGAAUGCUGACAUUGCAUAUAGGGUGA